AUGAACAGGAACGACAUGCUAUACAAGGUCUGUGCCUUGGUGGGAGCUGGUACGCUUGUCUCCGUAGGCCUUGGAAUCUUAUCAACCAUCCGUUAUCAACUUCAUCGUUCAAACCUGCAGCGCUACCAUCACGGAAAAGAACCUUGGGUUUUGAUUACUGGUGCUAGUGAUGGCAUCGGACUCGCCUUUGUUCAUCAGUUCGCGCAAAGUGGCUUCAAUGUCAUUCUCCAUGGUCGUAAUGAGGCCAAGUUGAACAAAGUUUUGACCCAAAUGCAACAGAAUUACAGUGACAGAAUAUUCAAGAUACUUGUUCUUGAUGCUGCCACCCCUCCUGGUCCUGAAUUUGACCGUGCUGUUCUUGAUGCUGUCGAGAAUCUCCGUCUUACUGUGUUGGUUCACAACGUUGCAGGGUCGGGGGCGAGUCAGCCCGUGAUGACCUUUUACGAAGAGCUUCCGUCUCAAGAGGUCGAGGGGUGGAUAAACGUCAAUGUCCGAUUCGUCUCGCAUCUCACACAUCUUCUACUCCCGAUUCUGCUUCAAAAUCAACCGGGUCUCAUGAUAUUCAUGAGUAGUGCCGCAGCAGAUUUUACCAGCCCUGGUCUUGCGCUGUAUACAAGUUCAAAGGCCUUUGUUGAGGCAUUGGCUCGAGUUUUGGCCAUGGAGAUGAAAGUGGGCGGUCAUGAUGUGGAGGUGAAGACGAUCUCGACUGGUAUGGUGGCGACGGCUGGUUCAGGCAGGAACGAGAAAGACAUUUCGUUCACCGUGCCAAAUACCACUAAUUUCGUCAAGUCGACGCUAAACACCAUUGGCUACGGGGAUGUGAAGGUGACACCAUAUCUUGGACAUCGGCUUCAGUUCGGAUUCCUCAGGAGUUUGCCUUACUGGGUGAAGGAGAAAAUGUUGCUGUAUUAUACGCAGAUGGCCAAGGACCAGAUGAACAAGAGAACCUGA